CUGAAACUUUUAAGGCAUGGAGCCAACUAGCCAGCCAAGCAGGCUUUUUCCAAAGUCAAAAUUGCAAUUUCACACGAAAGUGACGAUCGUAACACAAGUACCCCUUAUAAAUCCACUAAGAUUUUUAUCAUCAAAACCCAUCCAACAAUAACCUUCUUCUCUCUCUUGGUUUGGUUUAAUGCAUUAAUAAUAUAUAGUUCAGAUCCCUCUCUCCUUCGUUUUCCCAUGGAUUCCAUUUCCGUUCUGGUAAUCUACAUUCUCCCUCUCCUCUGUAUCUUCUUCUCCCUGAAGAAGAUGAUGGAUCGAAGGACAAACCGAGCGUGUUACAUUCUGGAUUAUCAGUGCUACAAACCGACGGAUGAUCGAAUGCUGAGCACGAAACAUAGUGGGGAGGUGGUUUUCAGGAACAAGAAUCUUGGGUUGAGCGAGUAUAAGUUUCUUUUGAAGGCCAUCGUGAGCUCCGGGAUCGGCGAGGAAACGUACGGGCCGAGGAUGGUGUUCCAGGGCCGGGAAGAGUGUCCGGCGUACGAGGAUGGGGUGUCGGAGAUGGAAGAGUUUUUCCACGACAGCAUUGGGAAGAUGUUGAAGAGGCAAGGGAUUUGUCCGUCGGAGAUUGAUGUUUUGGUCGUGAAUGUCUCCAUGCUUGCUUCCGUGCCGUCGUUAUCGGCCCGGAUUGUCAACGGGUACAAAAUGAGAGAGGACAUUAAGGUUUAUAAUCUCUCUGGCAUGGGGUGUAGCGCGAGCCUCAUAUCUAUUAACAUCGUGGAAAACAUCUUUAAAACUCGCGAAAACCUGUCGGCCUUGGUUAUAACCUCGGAGUGCCUGAGUCCUAACUGGUAUUCCGGGAACGACCGGUCCAUGAUUCUCGCCAACUGUUUGUUCCGGUCCGGCGGCUGCGCUAUACUUUUAACGAACAAACCGGCGGUGAAGCAUAAAGCCAUGUUCAAGCUGAAAACCCUAGUGAGAACUCACCACGGCGGGAAAGAUGAGUCCUAUAAUUGUUGCAUACAAAAGGAGGAUGAACUCGGGAAACUCGGGUUCCACCUCGGAAAAACCCUCCCAAAAGCCGCAACCAUGGCGUUCUUCGACAACCUCAAAGAAAUCGCGCCCAGAAUCCUCCCCGUCCGGGAGCUUAUCCGCUACGCCGCCCUCUCGUUCCUCCAAAAACUCCCGACAAACUCCGGAAAACCCGGAACCACCUCAAAACCGGCGGCCAUCAACUUCAAGACUGGAAUCGAUCACUUCUGCAUCCACACCGGCGGGAAAGCGGUGAUCAACGGCAUAGGGCAGAGCCUCAACCUGAGCGAAUAUGAUUUGGAGCCGGCGAGAAUGACGCUGCACAGAUUCGGGAACACGUCGGCCGGCAGCCUCUGGUACGUGCUGGCCUACAUGGAAGCUAAGAAGAGGCUUAAGAAAGGGGAUAAGGUGUUCAUGAUUAGCUUCGGGGCGGGGUUUAAGUGCAACAGUUGUGUGUGGGAAGUGGUUCGAGAUUUGGAAGAUGCAAAUGUUUGGGAAGAUUGCAUUCAUAGCUACCCACCACAAACCCUAAUUAACCCUUUCUUGGACAAAUAUGGAUGGCUUCAGAAUGCAGAUCCUGCCAGCUUUUCUCUUCCAGAUGACUAUCGCGUCUCAUGAUUUUAUUUUAUUUUCUCUCUUUCAAAAUUUUCAUUUACUUUACUGCCUUUUACUUAUUUAUUUCGAUUGUUUUUUCCCCACUUUCCCCUUUCAUUAUAGUAUUGAUUGAUUGAUGAUGAUAGUGCGCUAGUGGCCUGGUUAUAAGUGUGAUAUAUGGUGAUUAUAAAUGUAAAAUAAUUUUUGAUCAUUUUGAUGUUGAAACUGAUGCUCAGUAAAUUUA